GCCGAAGCAGAAGCCGGGUUUAGUUUUGACACACAGCGAAUCGUUCCCUGCAACGGCCAAACCGGAAAAAGCUGGUUCAUUUUAGCGCAUGCUACAGUGCGCAGCAUAAGAAGUAUCGACAUUUCCUUGUUCUUUCUCUCUCUUGCCCAAACGAGGGCUACCACGGCGAUACACUCGAUGCUCCAUCCCUCUCUGGUUACUUAUUAACCUUAUUUUUCUUCUUCGCCAACGACUCUGGCUUCUCCCUUGUCCUCCAUCGUCCACUCAGAUCCUCUGUCCGAAUCGUUUUCUGAAGAUCUCAAUCCUUUCCGGGCAUUUACUCGGAGAAUUUCAGCUCCCGUUCUUCUGUAUUUUAUGCAUUUCGAGCUUUUAGGCGAGAAUUAGGAGUAAUUUGCUUCUAGAUUUGGGGAAUGGCUUCUGUAUCUCAUUCUCCGGUUACAUUUUUGGGGACGGCUUCGGAUCUUCUGCGCAGCUCGAGUAAUGGAAUUAGUGGGGUUCCACUGAAAGCCCUAGGAAGGGCGAGAUUGGGCAUGAGAAGGAGGGAAUUUACAGUGGCUGCGAAGGUUAGGAAGGGGAAAAAGCACGAGUAUCCGUGGCCAGAUGAUCUGGAACUGGAUCCGAAUGUUAAAGGAGGAGUCCUUAGUUAUCUCUCACAUUUCAAACCAUUGAAAGAGAAGCAGAAACCGGUCACUCUGGACUUUGAGAGGCCGCUUCUGGAUCUGGAAAAGAAGAUUAUUGAUGUACGGAAGAUGGCAGAUGAAACUGGUUUGGACUUCAGUGAUCAAAUUCUCUCACUUGAGAGUAAAUAUCAGCAGGCUCUAAAGGAUUUAUACACGCACCUGACUCCUAUACAACGUGUGAAUAUUGCUCGGCAUCCUAACAGACCAACUUUUCUGGAUCAUGUGUUGAACAUUACUGACAAGUGGGUGGAGCUUCAUGGGGAUCGAGCAGGGUAUGAUGAUCCUGCCAUUGUUACUGGUCUUGGAAUGAUAGAUGGCAGAAGAUACAUGUUCAUUGGUCAGCAGAAGGGUAGAAAUACAAAGGAGAAUGUUCAGCGCAACUUUGGAAUGCCUACCCCCCAUGGUUACCGGAAGGCUCUGCGAAUGAUGUAUUAUGCCGAUCACCACGGAUUCCCUAUUAUUACUUUCAUUGACACUCCAGGUGCAUUUGCAGACCUUAAAUCAGAGGCAUUAGGCCAGGGUGAAGCCAUAGCUCACAAUUUGAGGACGAUGUUUGGUCUGAAGGUGCCAAUUGUUACCAUUGUUAUUGGCGAAGGUGGCUCUGGUGGUGCUCUAGCUAUUGGCUGUGCUAAUAAGAUGCUAAUGCUUGAAAAUGCAGUUUUUUAUGUUGCCAGCCCAGAAGCAUGUGCAGCAAUCCUGUGGAAGAGUGCUAAAGCAUCUCCAAAGGCUGCUGAGAAGCUGAAGAUCAUUGCUGACGAGUUGUACAGGCUAAAAAUUGCAGAUAGAAUCAUCCCUGAGCCACUUGGUGGUGCACAUGCAGAUCCGUCUUGGACCUCACAACAGAUAAAGAUUGCGAUAAAUGAAGAAAUGGAUGAGCUCAUGAAGAUGGACGCACAAGAGCUGCUAAACCAUCGGAUGCAAAAGUUCCGAAAGCUAGGUGGUUUUCAAGAGGGAAUCCCAGUAGAUCCCAAAAGGAAAGUCAACAUGAAAAAGAAAGAUGUGGCUACUAUUCGAACAAGGGAGCCAGGCAAGAGUCUAGACCUGGAGUUGGAAGGUGAGAUUGAAAAACUGAGAGAGAGAAUUUCGGAAGCCAAAUCAUCCAUAAAGCCUCCAGAUUUUGAUCUGAAUGAGACGAUUGAGAAACUGAAGAGGGAAGUUGAACAUGAAUAUUCUGAGGCAGUAAAAGCUUUGGGCUUGAAGGACAAGCUUGCGAUGUUGCGGGAUGAAUUUGCAAAAUCAAGGAAUACACAGGGCCAACUCCAACAUCCAACAUUGAUGGAUGAGAUUGAGAAGCUUAAAGCUGAGCUCAACCAGGGUCUGCCGGCAGCUCCUAAUUUUGCAAGCCUAAAAUAUAAGCUCAACAUGUUGAAGGAAUUAUCUGAAGACAAGAAUGUCUUGGAAAAGAAGAAGGAGGCGGCUACAAUGAAGAUGGAAAUCAAUAAGAGAUUCGAAGAGGUAAUGGAUCGCCCUAAUAUAAAGGUGAAGAUUGAGGCAGUGAAAACUGCAAUUGAAAAUUCUGGUGUAUCCCAAUUUGAGGAUUUAGAUGAUGGGCUAAAGGAGAAAAUUGUGAAGGUGAGGAAAGAGAUACAGCAAGAACAGGUCAAUGUUCUUAAAUCGUUGGGUUUUGAUGUUGAGAAAGUCGUAUCGAAAGCAGACGACCACAGUGAAUGGACUUCAUCCUUGAACUUGAAGGUUGAGAUAGACGAAUUGAAUAAAGAGAUUAAUGCGUGCAUCGAAGAUGCUGUCAGCUCAUCAGAUCUGAAGAACAAGAUUGAGUUGCUGAAGUUGGAGGCUGCGAAGGCUGGAAAGACACCUGAUAUAGAGUCAAAAAAUAAAAUUGAGGUUCUGAAGCAAGAAAUCAGGCAAAGCCUUGCAGAGGUUUUGAAUUCUCCAGAGUUUGCAGAGAAGCGUGAAAAGCUCAAGGCAGAGAUCUCCAAAACCAUGGAAGCUUUUGGAGGGUUGGAUGGAAGUUUAAAUAAAGAAAAUCAAAAAGAGCCAAGAGAAGAGAUUAAAUUAGAUGCAGAGCGCAGUGUUGCCUAAAGUAAGUUCAUUCUUAUUCCUUCAUGGGAUCUUUAGGCAUUUUAGGAUGGAUUAACACAUAUUUGCACUCCAGUUGGGAUGAUUGAAUGGUGUUGUUUUCUUGAAUCUGGGUCCUUUCAGCUGAUGGCGUCUAGGCACCUGCUUGCAUUUUUGUUCUUUUUUUCGGAAGAAAAUAACCUUAGAUUCUGAGGUUGAACUAGCUCCAGUUUUAGUCCACGGCAUGUUUUUGGUUUUAACCAAAUGUUGGAAACCUGAAAUAACUUGACCCCGUGUUUGGGAGCUUGGAAUUCAAUUUGGUUGUGGAUAUGAAUAAAAUGUAAUUUAAAAUUAUAUAGAAUUUCGUCCAAAUCCAAAUCUUGGGCUAGAAUUUCAUGAUCCCAAACACAACCUGAAUUCAUUUCAGUUAGUUCGGUGCAAUCACAAUAGAAUGGCAGCUAUUAUUUAUUGUUAAAGUUUGGUAACUUUUGGGUUCAACUUCAACAUAGGGAGAAUUGGUGAUUCACUAGAUUUCCUAAUAAAUUCCAAUAACUAGGCAUUUGGUUCAGAGAAUCAGAUGCCUGAGAAUCCUGUAACUGGGACUAAGAUGCAUUUGUUGGAAUCCAGAUUACCAAAAGUAUAAUAUGAGAACGUUUUAUGGGUAUAAUAGUAGGUCCCAUGGAAUCCUAGAUGCCAAUUUAGGUUUAUCUGAAUGAAACUAUGCCGACAUUUAGGAUUCCCAACCUCACAUUCUGUUGAAUCUUCAUAGAUUUCUUGAACAAAAAUGAAAUCUAUUAAAAACUGAAUCAGUCUUUAAGACUGAACAUACUUUAAAACUUCUGUUCUUCAUGCGGCCCUCUGGCUUACUGUCAUCAUAUCCUGCCUCAUCUGCAAGGUUUUGCUUUUGCAGGGAUGCGAGAAAGCAGAUGUUUUGCCGCAGCUGGGACAUGAAAAACAGAUGGCAGUACUCUUUUUUUCUUUAUUUGGUUUCCAUUUUCCAGUGGAAUUUUCUCUACUUUGAAUUAGUUUACCCUUUAUUUAUUUAUUUCAUUUUUUUUUUUUUUGCCGUUUCAUUUUUCUUUUACCUCCCUUUUUUAUUUCUUGGCAGAAAAUGGUGUCUUUCUAUUUUAUAUAUACAGAAAAGUUUGUAUAGAUUAUGCGUGUGCCUAGGGAAGAUGAAUAACAUGCUUCCAGAUGCAAGGAACAAUGGAAAUGGAUGAUGAACUUAAUUGUAUGAUUGUUUAUCGAUUGAUUUUUUAUGAUAAA